AUGCAGUUAUGGAGACUAAACAAAGUCCUCGUUGGAUUUGGUGACAAAUCGCACGAAACGGCCACCUACCAAAUUUGCCGAUGGCCCCCCCGAAAGCUUGACGACAUUCAUUUUGUGUCCGGCUACAACAUAACGCUUUGCGUUCGACUAGAGGCGAGCGAGUUGGAGACUAGGCGACGGAAGACGUACCCCCUCACCGAUCUGUUCCAGCUUUCACAGACAAAUCGACAGGUUUCAUUCGAUGACCUCGCAACAUUGCCUCGAAAAUUGUGGAAAAGGGUGAAGUAUCCUGAGGUGUAUCGCACGUAUCCACAAGACGUUCCACUGAAGCAAAUCGUCGAGGCCGUAAAUGCAGGCCUUCCCGUCACUGACAUGCCUGAGUACAAUUUUCCCAUCCGCAUUCUUCAAACCAGCACGACGGUCUGUACAAACCACACCCAACACGACCUUGUCAUCGUGGUGAAAAGUGGAAUUCUCGGAUGGGAUGCCAGAACGGCGUUUCGUGCCUUCAUGCAACGCGAGAGAGCCCGCAGUCCAAAGCUCAAGGUAGGAGUCGUCUUCAGUCUCGGAUUGCCACGCAAACACGGUGGCAGAUUCUUCAAUCGCUAUGGCAAUAUCAUAAGCCUACCUGGAAUCAGCGGUGACCUGCUCGAGGUCUUCGAAGGCUACGAGGAUUAUGUUAUGGAUCGCAUUAAAAUGGAAAUCGAGGAAAAUGGCGACAUAGUGCUGGCCGACUACGAGGACACGUAUUACAACCUGACGUGGAAGACCGUCACGAACCUGCGAUGGCUGUCGGCAUUCUGCAACAAAUACCACGGUAACACGUUCAUGAUUAUCGACGACGAUCACCGCAUGAAUUUGACCAUGGUGGCGAGGAUGCUUGACAGUGUUUCGAAGGAAACAUUGAGAAAGUCUAUUUUCGGCUUCAUCGCCAAAUUUGACCUCGCGUAUAGAUCUCCAAUGAAGAAGUGGUUUCUAUCCUACCAUGAAUUUCCGUGGGAUUUGAUGUACCAGUAUCCACGUGGGUUUUCACAAUUCAUAGGAGCCGACAUCGUCGACGACAUGGCCAUCGCGAGUGCAUACACGCGGUACAAUUAUGCACCGGAGGAUGUGUAUCUCGGGAUGGUAGCAUUUAAACUGGGCAUCGACCUGCACCAUGUGAACUCAAUGUAUGACCACAGGGAAUAUGAACUGAGGAACAACGGGACGAGACCCGCAAUGGUGGCAUUGAGCAAGUAUUUCGAACGUGCCCGCAGACGGUAG